AUGAACGUCAGCUCCAUGACCUCACUCAGCUGGCCAGCCUUCAACUCAGCCUCUCCACCUCGCUUUGCUGAGAGGUCAACAGCAUUGGACCACUGGAAAGUCACCAACUUGAUCUUCAUCGCCGCCCUUCUCAGUGACAAGACACGAGGCCUGUGUCAAGUUGUGGAUGGGACUCCCUGCUCUCCAGACACCUCAGCUGUAUGUGUUCAAGGGAAAUGCAUCAAUGCGGGCUGUGACAGCAAGCUAGACUCCAACAAGAAGUUUGACAAGUGUGGCAUGUGUGGUGGCGACAACCGUGGCUGCAAGAAGGUCUCAGGGAUGUUCACCAAACCCAUUCAUGGCUACAACUUUGUGGUCAUGCUGCCUGUUGGCGCUUCCAACGUUGACAUCCGUCAGCGUGGCUACCGAGGCAUGGUCAGUGAUGAAAACUACCUGGCGGUGAAGAAUCGGCAUGGCAAAUACCUCCUGAAUGGCAACUACGUGGUGUCCGCCGUGGAACGCGACCUCCUGGUGAAGGGCAGCCUGCUGCGCUACAGUGGCACCUCCACAGCUGUGGAGAUACUUCAGGCCGUCAGACCCCUGCAGGAGCCUCUGAUUGUGGAAGUGCUGUCCGUGGGGAAGAUGACUCCUCCCAGAGUGCGAUACUCCUACUACAUAUCCAAGGAGAGCAAGGAGGAAAAGACUCUACGGAAAGAGGAGAAAAGCCACGCGGCUCAGAACAGUGUGUUGGAAGACAGUAAUAAAAUAGAAGCUAAGAAGCAGAUGAUUGGUAAGAGGCCUCUGAGUCACUGGGUGACCGGAGGAUGGGACACGUGCUCGGUGACGUGUGGGAACGGGCUUCAGAAGAGGCUGGUGCAGUGCCAGAGUGCAGAGGGACGCCAAGCAGCAGACUGUGACGGUGCUGCCAGGCCUGUAGCUGUGAGAGAGUGUGGGGAUCCCUGCCCUAUGUGGGACAUAGGAUCCUGGUCUCACUGCUCUAAGUCUUGCGGUAGGGGGUUUAAAAGGCGACCGGUGCACUGCAUUACCGAGAACGGUCUGAGUCUACCCAAAGACCACUGCUCUGGAAAGAGGAAGCCUCAGGAACUGGACCUGUGCAACCUGAAGCCUUGUUAAGGCAAAAUGGACACAUCUUAAGAACCAAAGGGGUGCUUUGACAUGAACCAACCCAGCACGGUAAACGCAGUCACAUUAGCAUUUUGGCAAGCAAAUUUAAAUUAAUUCCAAUGUAAUUAGCUGUAGCAACCCAGGCAGAUAGUUUGUAUUGAGCGCAACGUUGCAAAGGAAGGACUUCCAGGUAUUACAAACUGUCUUGAUACUGCUAAACUCAGGACAAGCGAAGUAAACAAUGUCCAAAGUAGCACAUGAGCUAGCUUCAGUUAUAUCCUAAAAAUAACUGCACAAACAGAUUAAUAUUGUCUGUAGUCAAAUGCAAAACAAGUCCAUUCGAGUAACAACUUAAUGUUCAAGUAGUGACAGAGGUAACUUGCGACCUAGCGUGGUCCAGUCACUACAGUUGGCUUGCCAAGCUAACUAGCAUAGCUAAUUAGUAUGUAGCAUUUUACGAGAUGUUAAGAUUUUUGCCACGUUGCCGACACAAUACAAUUUGUAUUGCCAGUCGCUGGUGUGACUGCGGCCUCACGAGUGUGUUGCUGCGAUUGGUGGAAAUCCAAUCUGGCUGAGAAAGCCAAUGGAGACACAGAGAAUCUUCCUCCAUUGUUGGAAAAGACAGAGAACCCAUUUGAAGCAGAGGAAUGCUUCACUGUAGUAAACCGUCAAACCAUCGGUGGCGGGUUUAACAGUAGUUUGUCUACCUCGACCAGGACAAAAGACAUAACACCUGUGGGACAUACCGAAGGACAUGGCGUGACAGAGAACAUAUCAACAGACUGUAGUGACGAACACUAAACAUACCCGUGGAAGAGGGCCAUCGUUUCCUGGUUCUGAGAACAGACAGACGUGGAAAA